AUGGUUUCUAAUACUAUCAAGGAUGACCUUAUCAAUCGUGGGUUAUGGAAUAACGCCAAGUAUUGGAGUAAAUUCGGUGAGAUGUUAGAUAUAGGUCUCCCUGUAGAGGAUAGUUAUCAGAUGGCUAAGGAAUAUAUGGAUACACUCAAUAACAAGGAGAGCUCGAGACGUCACCAUGCUAAGAGAGUACCAGGGAAGGCUGAUGACAAGAAGAGCAACAUAGAGGAUGAAGAAGUUGGUGAAUGCCCAGUAUGUGGUAAAACUGGUAUACCUCUCAUCGACCUUCAACGUCAUGUUAAUGAUUGUUUACAAUGA